AUGGCUUCAUCUCCUUUGAGAUCAAAAACCGGUUUCCAUGCUCGCUCUGUUAGCUUGCCCUUUACAUCUCAUCCGCUCAUUCCUCAAUUCGAGGAGCAUUUGUGCAGAGUUAAGGCUUCUGAAGCCACAUCCAUCAGCAACAGACUAAGUGGUCUUGAAGAGUUGUACCUCAGGCUGUUGGAUGUGUGUGCCAUUGCUAAAGAUGUCUUCUCACAAGCAAAGCAAGAUGUACAAGAGCUACUCUCAAUCCUGCGCAGAAGACGUGAUACAAAUGGCUUUGGUGACUACUUUUCCUCAAGAAAGAAGGCUAAGAAGUUGAUCCAAAAGUGCCUGAAGGAUCUGAAGAGUAAUUUUAGAAACAACCAAAGCCUCACAUCUUUAGACAAUGACCAUGAAACUAUGGCCAUUGUUAGCAUGUUUAAUGAGGUUGAAGCUGUCACUCUCACCAUGUUCGAGUCCAUGUUGUCCUACGCCACAGGGACAAAAGUGCAAUCAAGGCCGAGCAGAUGGUCUUUGAUGUCCAAGCUGAUGCACCAGAAAAAUGCACCAGGUCAAGAUGAAGAAACUGAUUUGAAUGAGUUUGAGAAGGUCGAUGCUGCAAUGUCUGAUAAAAGCAUGUAUGUUAAGAAUGUGCAAAACCUACUGAAAAAAUUGGAGUGGAGCAUUCAAGAUCAUGAGGAAGGACUUGAGUCCUUGUUCAGGCGCUUAAUCAAAACUCGAGUUUCCCUCCUCAACAUUCUCAACCACUAG